AUGGAGGAGCAUGCCAAGCGCCAGGAACUGGAAAGGCUUCAGCUGGAGUGGGAGAUAGAGCAGCUGGUCUUGGAGCAGAGUGGACCCGUGCACUACUUGGUGCUCUCAGCUGUUUUUGCAUGCAUGGUACUUGUCUUUGUCCUAUUGUUUAUGAGUUGGAAAAGGAGCCUGAGGAGAGAGGAGCCUGAAGAAGAAAACCUGAAUGCAAAUGAAGAAGAUGAUGUUGAAAAUGAAGAGGGUCAUCAUAUUCAAGAGAACAUAGGAAGGAUGUUAGUGGAGCGCAUACAGUGGCCUGUACAGGACCUGCAGGCAGGCUGUGAGUGGACAACUGGCCUCAUGGACAAUUAUACAGUUUAUUUUGGACAUGUCCUAUCAAACAGUUUCUACCCAGUCCUGCAACGAGCCAUCGGGGUGGGCAGUGCCUUUGAAGGUUGGAGUCCCCGUGAGCAGGAUGUUGUGUAUCGUGUGCUCAUACCCAUGACUCCUCCCCGAGGCCACAGCUUCCACCUGGAGCUGGACUCUGCAGGGCAGAGGCACGUGAGGAACUUCCGUGUCCGCGUGCAGCUGGAGUGCACCUGCACGAGGGAGCAGCAGGGUGAGAACAUGCUCUGCUUCCUGCACCACCCCCAGGAGGAGCUGAGGAGCAAUCAGGAUCCCAGCCUCCUAGACACCCUGUGCACUGACUCCUACCUCGACGUGCACAAAACUGCCUGCUGGUUCUACCAACUGGUGCGAGCAAUCUGGCCAGCUUUGCCUCAGUCACACAAUUGGCAUUUAACGCUGCUGCCCUCCACACGCUCCUGCCAAUUCAAGGUGACCAAUGGCAGAGAAAGCUUCAGGAUUGAGAUGCUGUUUGGGGUGCGGAGGGGUGACUCAGACAUCUUUGUGAGCAGCCAGCCAGGAUACGCUGGAACCCCUAGUACUCUGUGGACUGAGACCUAUGAUGUAGCAGAGAUGAAGUUCUUCGAGCACAUCGCCCGGCAGGCCCCCCCUGACAGCUUGCACCUGAGAUGCCUGCAGCUCUUCACCCGUCUUCAGCUGGGCAUAGGCUUUUCCACCUACACCAUGAAGACCAUUGUCAUGCACCUUCUGAACACCGUUCCUGUGUCACAGUGGUGCAGGAGACAUUUCUUGAGGCGUCUGAUCGAUAUCAGCGACAGCUUGCGCUUAUCCCUGGAAGCAAAACGCCUCAACCACUUCAUUUUGGGUAACCGGAGGCUUCCUGAGGAGAUCAGUUUGCCCCCAGAUGUUCACAUUGCAGAGCCACCCAACCUCUUCCAUCGCCUGGCGAUGGAUCCACAUGCUCACUCCCAGGGGAUAGGCGAGUACCUGGAUCUGCAGCGUGGGCUUGUAGCGAUCCUUAAGCCUGAAGACUGA